UUCUCCCCAUCCUCCGGCUGCGGGCUGCAGAGAUUCUCCUCCCGGGGAAGGCGGCCCUCCACCUCCCGCGCCCUGUGCAUCGCUACCUUGACUCCAGGCCAGAAACUGGAUGGGGCUUGACCAGCAGAAGAGAGAACCAACUUGCUUCCCUUCCUAGCCAGAACUGGAAAUGUCUGCAGAUGGCAAAGGCCUGAGGGCUACUGAGACUAAGGAGAAAGGGGAAGAGGUCCCAGGUCACCAACAUCCUUGUCAAGAAAUGCUCAGCAGACAUGGGGAGCCAGUACCCCCGGGAGCCAUUCAGGCGUCAGCACACAUUAAGUCAGAGCCAGAAGAGCCUCACCCUGAGGCGACUUCGCAGGACACCAGAAGGCCAGGUGCUGGGGAGUGGGGACCACUGAGUCCUGGCUCUGAAGAAAAAGCUCUCUUCCUGCCUGGUGCAGCCCUCUCCUCCCCCCUGACCACCAUGCUUUCCGAAGGGAGGACCAGAGGCAGGCCGGGCAGGACCAGAGACAGGCAGAUGGCUGCAGCACUCCUCACAGCUUGGUCGCAGAUGCCAGUAACCUUUGAGGAUGUGGCUCUGUACCUGUCCCGGGAGGAGUGGGGGAGGCUGGACCACGCCCAGCAGAGCGUCUACAAGGACAUGCUGCAGAAGAGAAACGGGCUCGCCUGGGCGUUUCCGUUAGGCAGGCCUUUCUGGGCCCCUCAGGUGCCGGGCAAGGGCGAGGCUUCCUGCUCGGGCGGGCCGCCGGGAGCUGGGAAGGAGAGGAGAGGCCCUGCUUCAGGUGAGCUCCUGGCCGGGGAAGGACGGCCCUGGCUGAGGUGGUCCGUCUGCGCUCCCUGCAGGGUGGCUUUUGCCUCUUUGGGUCCCCCGGGGUCCCCGCUGCCCUCCCCUGGGCCUUCGGCUCUGCCCCCCACCCCCUGCGGCCGUCCAGAAACCGUGUGUGGCCGGACCAACCCUGUCUCCUUACCAGGAGCUGCGGAGGCGGCGCGGGCCGGGGCGCACGGGGCCUCGGAGCAGGGCGCCCCGGGGGGCGAGGCCGCCAAGAAGUCGUUCCGGUGCGAGCAGUGCGGCAAGGCCUUCAGCUGGCACUCGCACCUGGCCACGCACCGGCGCACGCACACGGGCGAGAAGCCGUACGCCUGCACCGACUGCGGCAAGCGCUUCGGCCGCAGCUCGCACCUCAUCCAGCACCAGAUCAUCCACACGGGCGAGAAGCCGUACACCUGCCCCGCGUGCCGCAAGAGCUUCAGCCACCACUCCACGCUCAUCCAGCACCAGCGCAUCCACACCGGCGAGAAGCCGCACGCGUGCGACCGCUGCGCCAAGCGCUUCACGCGCCGCUCGGACCUGGUCACGCACCAGGGCACGCACACGGGCGCCAAGCCGCACAAGUGCCCGGCGUGCGGCAAGUGCUUCACGCAGAGCUCGGCCCUGGUCACGCACCAGCGCACGCACACGGGCGUGAAGCCCUACCCGUGCCCCGAGUGCGGCAAGCGCUUCAGCCAGCGCUCCAACCUCAUGGCGCACAGCCGCACGCACACGGGCGAGAAGCCCUACCCGUGCCCCGACUGCGGCAAGCGCUUCAGCCACAGCUCGCACCUCACCGCGCACCAGCGCACGCACCGCGGCGUGCGGCCCUACCCCUGCCCGCUGUGCGGCAAGCGCUUCAGCCGCCGCUCCAACCUGCAGCGCCACCAGAAGAUCCACGCCGCGGGGCCCCGCGCUCUGGCCGUGCUCAUGCUGGCCGCGCCCCCGCCCGCCCCCACCUAGCGGGGGAUCCACGGGUGUGCCCGCACCGAAGGACGGAUGGACAGACAGGAGGACCUAGGCGAGCCGAGGGAUGAGGGAAGGGAGCCGGGAGGUGCGGGUCUGGGGUGGGGAGACAAAGGACCGGAAGGGAAGGCUCGGGGUGAA